AUGAUCACUCCCUCCUCCUUUCCACCAUCACCCACAAAACCGGGCGCAGACCCAGCACCGCCAGCUGCAGUGUCUAUUUUCAAAAUGACUCUUGAUCACCUGAACGUUCUGAAAUCCAAGUCCAAAGAAAAUGGCAGCACAAUCAAUUAUAGCUCCUAUGAGAUGUUGGCUGGCCAUGUGUGGAAAAACGUGUGCAAGGCGCGUGGCUUACCCCAUGAUCGAGAAACCGAACUGCACAUUGCUACUGAUGGAAGGUCUAGAUUGAAGCCAGAGCUGCCAGAAGGUUACUUUGGAAAUGUGAUAUUCACAGCCACACCAAUGGCUAUUGCUGGUGAUCUCAUGUCAAAGCCAACUUGGUAUGCUGCGAGCAAAAUUCAUAAUGCUUUGGUGAGAAUGGACAAUGAGUAUCUGAGGUCGGCUUUGGACUAUCUAGAGCUUCAACCUGAUCUUAAAGCUCUUGUUCGUGGGGCUCAUACUUUCAAGUGCCCAAAUCUUGGAAUUACCAGUUGGGUUAGGCUGCCAAUACAUGAUGCUGAUUUUGGGUGGGGAAGGCCUAUUUUCAUGGGACCUGGUGGGAUUGCGUACGAGGGACUGUCUUUUAUAAUACCAAGUUCAUCAAAUGAUGAUGGCAGCUUGUCUGUCGCCAUUGCUCUCAGGCCUGACCACAUGAAAGUGUUUCAGGAAUUGUUAUAUCACAUUUAA